AUGGGCACGAGGAAUAAAGAGACGGAGAUACUCGCGAAACAAAUCGCGUCAAACGUGCUCUUAUUUUUCCUGGUCUUUGGUCUCGCCGUGACGGUCGAUCCGAUCGCGUUUAAAAAGAGGUUCAAGAAACCUUUGCCUUUAUGCAUCGGUCUCAUCUGUCAAUUCUUAAUCCUCCCUCUUUUAGGCUUUGUAUCCUGCAAAGUAUUCUUUAAAAACGAACCGUUAUACGGAAUUCCGUUAAUUGCAACCGCCUCGUCACCGGGAGGGAGUUAUUCAAACUGGUGGUGUUCCAUAUUCAACGCGGAUUUACCGCUCUCGAUGGCGAUGACGACGAGCUCGAGUUUGUUGAGCGCGUUGACCUUACCGGCGAAUAUUUUGUUAUACACCGAACUCGCGUUCCCGAAAGAAACGCAAGUGAAGUUAUCUUGGGACGGGUUGUUUACGACGAUUAGUUUAGUCAUCGUUGGGAUAUUUAGCGGAUUGUUCGUCGGGAAGACUUAUCCGAGAUAUACGCAGAAAUUGAACGCGCUCGGGAACGCGUGCGGCGUCGCGCUGGUGUUGAUGGGAUUCUUUUUGAGCUCGAACUCCUCGGCGCCGAUUUGGGAUCGAGAUUGGAAGUUUUACGUCGGCGUGACUUUACCGUGCGUAUUAGGGUUGAUGAUUUCUUUAGCCACGGCGAGGGUGUGCCGGUUGAAAAGACCGUCCUGUUUAGCCGUGGCGAUUGAGGUGUGCUAUCAAAACACGGCGAUACCGUUGGCGGUGAUUUUGAAUUCGUUUUCGGACGAUCCGAAAUAUUGCAACGGCGGUGAAGAAGGAACGGAUGAAAAGAUGUGCGAUGCGGUCGGGUUAGCGUUAGGUGUCCCGACGUAUUAUCAAACGGUGCAAAUAUUUUCGCUGGCGGUGUGUUGUUUGUGUUGCUGGAAAGGCGGUUGGACGUUAGCGCCGAAGGACGAAUCAUUUUUCAACGUCAUAGGGAAAAAUUAUCAAGUCGCCGAGAAAGAAGACGAUGGGGAGGAGGAUGAAAACGAUGAAGAAGCGAUGCGAAGUAGAAGAAGAAGCACAAGAAGAAGCGAUUUUGCAACGGCGGCGAAUACCACGACGGAUAAUAAUACGAGCAGCAGUGCAGAUUUAGAAGACCCGUACGCGAUUGAUGUGAGGUCGUAUCGUUUAAGUUCGAAGGGAAGUGAGAUGGUAGCGAUUGCGCUAGAAGACGACAAAAACGAAGACAUCGACGCCCCCGUCGCCGACUACAGAUGA